AGUAGAGUGCCACAUUUGUUCUUCUGCUUCUGCACAAACCACCUUAAAACGGUCCUAGACGGAAGGAAAUGGAUACAGGUAAUGAAUUUAUGCUCAAAGCUAUUGACGAGGCUUGUAAUGGAGUGAAGAUUGGCGAUGGGGGACCAUUUGGUGCAGUGAUAAUAAAGGACGGAAAAAUAGUUGCGACAGGACACAACAUGGUUCUAGUCAGCAACGAUCCAACUGCUCAUGCUGAGGUGACAACGAUUCGGAACGCAUGCAAAGCACUCGGCAAGUUUGAUUUGUCGGGCUGUAUAAUGUACACAUCAUGCUAUCCGUGUCCUAUGUGUAUGGGAGCAUGUUUAUGGGCUCGGCUGGAUGCUAUCUACUAUGGGGCUACUGCAGAACAGGCAGCUGCAAUUGGUUUUGACGAUAAAGCCUUCCACGACUUUCUCAAAGAUCCAAAAACCGAUGAGCAUCGAAAACUGGAACAUCUACCUGCAAAAGACUACUUGCGACCAUUUGAGAUGUGGUCAAAUAUGGCCAAUAAGACCUCCUAUUGAUUCAAUUCAAGAUAGCAUUAAAAUCCGCGAUCUUCUGUGAUUUACUGAAUUCCGUUGUAUUGGUUCUAUUGCUCAACUGAUGUCUCGAUUCAAUCCACUAUUUGAGGCAAAGUAUUUAAAAC